AUGUCCUUUCUUUCUGCUUUACGGUUAUUUCAGUUUAAGGAAACUUUUAUUAUUCCUGUACAAUAUGCAAUACAAGUAAAAAACUAUGCAGUACUGCCUUCUAAAAAGGCUGCCAAAUCUAAACAGAUCAAGAUUGAAAAGGUAAAAAUUCCUGUUGAAAAAGAUGUUAAUAAAUUACUAAAUUAUGUGUGUGGAUCAAACAUUUAUACUGAAGGAGAAGAUAUAAAACUGAAGCCGGAUAAUGAGUACCCUGACUGGAUAUGGGAGAUUAGAACUGAACCACUACAGUUAUCAGAGUUGGAUCCAGAUACAAAACAAUAUUGGAGGUUCGUACGAAGGGACAACUUGAAAAGGAAUAAUGCAAUGAAAAAAUACCGACGUCCGUAAAAUUUCUAUACAUUAAUUACUGCAGCCACAUCUGAAGUCAGUUUUAUUCUGUUCUUCGCCAUGAACUCUUCAU